AGUACUUAUGCUGAUGCGUUAUCCGAUUUUUAAAUGGAAUAAAAUAAUUCAAAGAGGAAAAAGAUUAACAAGAAGACCUAAAAACGGCUCUUAUGUAAAUGCUUCAGUUGAAUUGGUCUGAAAAAUCCAAAUUCUCCUUGUAGAGGUAAAAAAAUUCCAUCAUACAAAAAAAUAUCAAUAAUGGGUUUUUUUUUUCUCGUGAUUAUGAUUAAAAAAGUCUGAUGAUGAUAUAUCGCAAGUUAUAAUGGAAAUAAGAAAGCAAAAUUUUGAAGAAGGUUAAAAUGAUAUGAA